UCAAGCUCGAAAAUCCGCUCGGACUCGCUCGGCCCGGCGCGAAUCGUUAGUUCUACCAGUGCGCGACAAUUCGCCCUCUCGAGAGAGAAUUCGUUCCGCUCGGGAACUCGCCUCCGUUUUUUCGAAUUUCGCUCCCGUUCCGCACCCCGGAGUACAACUUGAAAAAUGCCCUUUACGGAGGUAGUGAACGGCCAUAACAGGGCGAACCUGAAGAGGCCUAACGAAAACGAGUUUCUGCACACAAACGUCAAGCAUGCCAGUCACACCACGUACACCUUCGAAGCCCUCCAGGAGUCUGCACAGUACCUGCUGGACCGAGUUUCGAUGAGGCCCAAAAUCGGGAUCAUAUGCGGAUCAGGAAUGGCAGGAGAAUCUGAGCAAAGUGAGUUGUGUCCAGGUACCAUCGCGGAUUCGCUCACCGACAAGUUGUGCUUUCCUUACGAGGAGAUUCCUCAUUUCCCGGUGUCCACGGUGAAGGGCCACGUGGGCAGGUUGGUCUUCGGUCGUAUCCACGGGGUGCCGGUCAUGUGCAUGCAGGGCAGGUUCCACUACUACGAGGGCUACCCCCUGUGGAAGUGUGCCAUGCCGGUGAGGGUGAUGAAGCUGGUGGGAGUGAAGUACCUGGUGGCGACGAACGCGGCUGGAGGGCUCAAUCCCAAGUACAGGGUCGGGGACAUCAUGAUGGUCAAGGAUCACGUCAACAUGAUGGGCUUCGCUGGGAACAAUCCUCUUCAGGGACCGAACGACGACAGGUUCGGACCUAGAUUCCCCCCUAUGAACAAGGCCUACAACUCGAAGCUCCUGGAGAUCGGCGGUAAAGUUGCCGAGGAUAUGGGGAUCUCCGAUAUCGUUCACAGGGGCGUCUACACCUGCCUCGGAGGGCCGAACUUCGAGACGGUCGCUGAGCUGAAGAUGCUGAGGAUGGUCGGCGUCGAUGCCGUAGGGAUGUCUACGGUGCACGAGGUGAUCACGGCGCGGCACUGCGACCUGACGGUGUUCGCGUUCAGUCUGAUAACGAACCAGUGCAUCAUCGACUACGAGGACCUCGGCGAGGCGAACCACGAGGAGGUGAUGGACGUUGGCAAGGCUAGGCAGCCGAUCCUGGCGGAGUUCGUCGCCCGGGUGCUUUCGAAGAUCGUGGAACUCGACCUCGAGACCAAACAGGCCAAAGAGACUAAAGACGCCAAAGAGACUAAAUGAGCGACGGGGCGGACCGACUCUCUCGUCGACGACGAGAGGCAACUUCCUCGGAGGGGCUGCUCUUAGCGGUCUCCGAUUAUCGAGGUCCAGAAAUGGCGCCGGAUAGGAGAUAAGAGCGGAGACCGUCGGAGAGUUAGCGAAAACCGUCGUUCGAGAGGGCGGUCCAGGACGGCGUUGGGAGGUUUUGGAGGGUUCGGCGAGGUUCCUGGAGAUCCGGGGUUGCUUCAAAGACCGGCGAAAACCCGACCGGACGAUCCGGUUCCCCGCUAAGAGAGUCGGGCCAAGACCGCCUCAAAGCGCCCGAUGCUCGACUUCCGGGUCGACCUCCGCGCUUCCACCCUCGGGAGAGCCGAGCCCGGGUUUACUCUUCCGGAGGGCGCGGUGGCAUCUCGCGCGAGAAUCAUAUUUAAUUUUACACCUGACUGCCCCUCCCCGUUCCGGGGGUGCGCCGGGCUCUUUUCCCCGAGGUCUCGGAGAAAUUAUAUUUCAAUUCGAGACCUCGCCGGGCUCGCCGCGAAAGAAGAGCGCGACGCUCCGGGGCAACGGGGAACGGACCGGAAACGUCGUUUCGGGGUGAAAGGAACGUUUCGAAGCGUCUUUUUCUCUCUCCUCUCUACGGAUUGCGGGAGGUAGGUACCCACGUUACGCGUAGGUAAUUAGAUCCGCGGUCGGAGUCGUUCACUCCGAAGCGGAUUCUUGAGCUCUGCAUAUUUAUUGCACGGUAUCGUAGUUGCGUAGUUAGAACCCCCGAUAAGGGUUUUGCCAGUGCUUUGGACAUUCCUCUCGCUGUUCGUUUUAUGAGUCAUAAGCAAUGCGAUCGACGCGUCUCGAGGGAGGAUCCGCGAAAUGGACCGACCAAAGGCGAAAUUUACUCAUGGAUCCUCGAGGAGAUUCUCAGGAAAGCCGUGUAGCCCUCGAGUCUUCGUUCACCGGCGAUCUCGAUUGAUUCGUUACGCGUCUUAAGGAGAUGCGAAGCCGCGGGGGGGAUUGCUCCUCCGCAGCCUCCCCCGCUUCGUUACCUUCAUCUCGUUUCCGCGCUUUUCCAUCGCUAAUGCAUCGGCCCUCGCCUUCGAUAAAUCUCCACCCUCGAGGAAAGGCCCCUUCCUCUCUCGGCGGCUUCUCGGGACGGCGGCCUCGUCAUUAUCGCUAAGAAUUAAAUUAUGAUUUGACAGGCGCGACGAGGAAAGAAAAAAAAGAAGGAGCCCCUCGAAAGCCUGUCAACGGGCGGUCGGAGGAAUCGGGGAAGCAAGAGCGACUUCCGGGGGGGAAAAAAAAGGCGAGACUUUUCCUCGACGUUACGAGAGUCCGAGCGAAACGAGAGUCUCGAGACUUCGGAUUUUUCGCGAUCGAAAUCUGUGCCAGGUUUAAUGUAUUGUAAACAAAAAAGAGGACCGACUCGAUAAAGAGCAAUCCGAUUUAACGAGGGGAACGUUCCGGUGUCCUCGAUGCCUACGUAAAUUUCGAGACGUCUAAGAGAUGUCCCGCGUAGAUGCCAGAUUCUUCAGGGAAAGAUGGAGAAAUUGAAUCAGUGUCUUUGAGUUUUACGAGCUUAGAGACCGCUCGUGGGGCGGAAAAUUGAAUACGGAUUUAAUAAAGAAAAGUGUGGCGGAGGAGACGUUUUACUGCCGGCAAAGGGAGGCACUGGGGUGUCUGAAAAUAUUCUAUUUAGAGGCCAUGUCCUCCGAGGAGAAUAAAUUCGUCUCUGGAAGGAACUCUUAUUGACCUUCGAUGAAAAUUAAAAAAAUUUUGAAACUCUCCCAGUCGUUUUUAGCGAUCGUGAACGAUUGUCCGCACCUAUGAGGAAUUAUAUUUAUAGCCAAUUUAUAACUUCCUGACCGUUCUUUGGUCUUACCGAUAAGCCCUGAAGACGCAUUAGAGAACCUCUUGGAUUUGAAGGACGACUAUAAAUACGUGCACUGCCGAUCCAAAGCCGGCAGAACUUCCACAGAGUGUUUAGCCAUAAUCCUUCGUGCAACAAAUAAAAUUAAUUCGUCCAAGAGGGAAUUAGAGUAAAAUUUUGAAAGUCUCGCCCAAAAUAAGAGAAAUUUUGGUACAUCCGAUACCGGAUGUAUGUAAUUUAAUUUUUUCCCGGUCGCUAAGUUUCCGGCGGCGCGAUCUCGAGCUUGGGUCCAUUCAUCGCGUAAAUGCAAUGGCAUUUGAAUAAAAAAUGUAAUUGAAA